CGCCUCGGCCGGCGGCGGCAGCGGCCAAGGGCGGGAGGGAUCGGCCACGGAGGGAUUGGGAACCCCGGAGCCUCGCGGUCGCUUCGAAGACUUCAUGUUGCUGUGGGGGAACUUGGUACCAGGUUUCUUACUACCCAGUUCCAACUCAAGUUAGUCCUUUGUAGGCAAGGAGAAAGGUACGUAAGGUCAGAGUGACCUUAGCUAAGAUCAAGACCCCCAAACUGACCCUGUUACUGUCAUCUUUCUGCUUUGGCAGCAUGUGAGCAACUUCUUGCCAAGAACCCAGGUCACCGCUGAGAAGGGGGCCUUAGGGAGAAGACUGUCCAGAGGAAACCAAUGCCAGACACAUCUGGAGUUACGCUCAGCACAGGCAGCAUGAGACAUUCUGUGCCAGCCCCUGGGUCCUGCUGGCAAAGACUGUAGCUCUCCAGACUGGAGGGUCCUGGAAGCAGCGUGCACCAGGAACCUCUCUAGAGGAAGAAUGGGGCCAGAUGUGAACUCUCUACAAUGAUCACAGUUUUCAGCUUAUGAAGGAGUUUUAAGUAAAACAAUUAUUUAACUUCCACAUAUUCAAGUUCAAUAGCCUUCUGUGUGAAGGCCAGCAGUCACCCCCUCCACAGAAGUUAUCAGGAUUGUUCUGGCACCAAGUUGAACUCUUCUUGGUACUUCUGGCAAUGACGGAUGUUCAGGACAGAUUUAUUUGCUAAAUGCUCUUGACCAGGAAAGAAAAAGUAAAACUUCUGGAAGGAGCAGAAGGGUAGCAGAGCAGAGAUCCCUCCCUCACUACUCACUUUCACAGAAACUCUGCCUGGAUUCAGAUGCUUGUACUGAAGAUUGGUCCCGCCUCACUGACCUCCAAAGUCCAUCGGUUCUGGGGAGAGCUGGUGUUUUUGGGCUGCCCCCUGUGGCCCUUUUUACUGUCCUUCUGCCCCCAGGCAGUCGAAUGAUGUGAACGUGGAACGGGGUUUGCUAUCCUAUGGGGACUCGCUGUCUUUCCCAGGCCGGUGCUAACUGACAGGACCAUCUGAAGACGGUGGUUUGUUCUUGGGGUGGAAAGCGCUGGCCUUGCCUGGAUCUUCCACCAUGUUCCUGUUGCUGCCUUUUGAUAGCCUGAUUGUCAACCUUCUGGGCAUCUCCCUGACUGUCCUCUUCACCCUCCUCCUUGUUUUCAUCAUAGUCCCUGCCAUUUUUGGAGUCUCCUUUGGCAUACGAAAGCUCUACAUGAAAACUUUGUUAAAAAUCUUUGCGUGGGCCACCUUGAGGAUGGAGAGAGGUGCCAAGGAGAAAAACCACCAACUUUACAAGCCCUAUACCAAUGGAAUCAUUGCAAAAGAUCCCACUUCACUAGAAGAAGAGAUCAAAGAAAUUCGUCGAAGUGGUAGUAGUAAGGCUCUGGAUAAUACUCCAGAGUUUGAGCUCUCUGACAUUUUCUACUUUUGCCGGAAAGGAAUGGAGACCAUUAUGGAUGAUGAGGUGACAAAGAGAUUCUCAGCAGAGGAGUUGGAGUCCUGGAACCUGCUGAGUAGAACCAACUAUAACUUCCAGUACAUCAGCCUUCGGCUCACCGUCUUAUGGGGGUUAGGAGUGCUGAUUCGCUAUUGCUUCCUUCUGCCACUCAGGAUAGCUCUUGCUUUUACUGGGAUUAGCCUUCUGGUGGUAGGCACGACCGUGGUGGGAUACCUGCCAAACGGGAGGUUUAAGGAGUUCCUGAGUAAACAUGUUCACUUAAUGUGUUACCGGAUCUGUGUGCGAGCCCUGACAGCCAUCAUUACCUACCACGACAGGGAAAACAGGCCUAGAAACGGUGGCAUCUGUGUGGCCAAUCACACCUCUCCAAUUGACGUCAUCAUUUUGGCCAGUGAUGGCUAUUAUGCCAUGGUGGGUCAAGUGCACGGGGGACUCAUGGGUGUGAUUCAGAGAGCCAUGGUGAAGGCCUGCCCGCACGUCUGGUUUGAGCGUUCUGAAGUGAAAGAUCGCCACCUGGUGGCUAAAAGGCUGACUGAGCAUGUGCAGGAUAAAAGCAAGCUACCCAUCCUCAUCUUCCCAGAGGGAACCUGCAUCAAUAAUACAUCAGUGAUGAUGUUCAAGAAGGGAAGUUUUGAAAUUGGAGCCACGGUUUACCCCGUUGCUAUCAAGUAUGAUCCUCAAUUUGGUGAUGCCUUCUGGAACAGCAGCAAGUACGGGAUGGUGACGUACCUGCUGAGAAUGAUGACCAGUUGGGCCAUUGUCUGCAGCGUUUGGUACCUGCCUCCCAUGACCAGAGAGACAGAUGAAGAUGCCGUCCAGUUUGCAAAUAGGGUGAAAUCCGCCAUUGCCAGGCAGGGGGGCCUCGUGGACCUGCUGUGGGAUGGUGGUCUGAAGAGGGAGAAGGUGAAGGACACAUUCAAAGAGGAGCAGCAGAAGCUGUACAGCAAAAUGAUCGUUGGGAACCACGAGGACCGGAGCCGGUCCUGAGCCUGCGCCUUGCGCUGCCUGGAGCCACCCCCCGCAGGUCUGGACCCGCGAGCCAGCUGCCGCCCCCGCCGCCUUUCCGACUCCGGGGCUCCCCAGGACUCCAGCUUCUUCAGACCCGCCCCAGAGAUCCCUGGGCGCACCGCCUGAAGUGGACGCUGCUGGGGGUUGCUGCCCAGGAUGAGAUGCCUUCUUGUUUCUUUUACACUAAGUCCGUCGGAGGAAUGCCAUUAAAGUCACCUCUCCACCUGUACAUGUGUGGGGCUGAGUGGUGGGGAAGAAGCGGCCACUUUCCCGUGUCCGGGACAUUAGCAUGUCAGUCUGUUACGGAUGCCACCUGCCAGGGACUUUGUUGGGGAAAGGGUCCCCCCAUUUGUGAGGAGAGGCACUGCCGAGGCAGUGUGACUUGCUUCAGCCUAAACAUCAGCCCCCGAAGCCUCGGAGCUCCGCAGACUGGAUAAAAGGAAAACCGCUGUCUGCAGGGGCUUUCGGCAAAAUGAGGUUUUAAUUCUUGUGCUCCUGCCCACGGGCAGUCACCAGACGGGAUGGCAAGAAGCGAGGCGGACCGGUGACUAGGGUGUGGUGGGAACCAAGAGUCAUUUUGUGUUCAAACUCCAGUGCUAACCCUGAACUCCCAUGUGACUUGCUCUUUGUUAACUGCUGCCUCAGUUUCCCCAUCUGUAACCUGCUUCAGGAGGGGAAGGGUGGUGAUACCUACCUCACAGGGUUGUUGUGGGGAUUGAAGUGCUAUUUUAAAGGACAAGUUGUUCAGUGUUACAAGUAUAGGUCCAUGAAACGUGGCAGGAAAAGGUCUGAACUCAGAGCUGCUGCAAAGGGCUUUGAGUUUGUUUUUGUGAGUAAAUAAAAUUGUCUUUGAUGGUCAAUUAAUU